AAUUGGCACAAAAUGGAGAAUCAUAUCAAUUUUCAUUCAGGCCAAGCAGAUCAGAGCAAAACUGAUGAUCAUGAGGCUAAGGGAGAAUACCAGGAAGUCCAGGAUGACGAAUAUCAUGGCGAAGAUGAAGGCCAAGACAGUGACGAUACCAAAGACUACAAAUCACCCGCUUCCAAAAAGGACAUCAGUCCUGAUUUACCAAGUCCUGCCAAUAUGGUGGCUACUCCUGCAGCUGAAGUAAACCUAAAGUCGUCUACGAGGAGCAAGCAGUACCUGGAAGAUGCAGAGAAAGAAAAAUACAAAACUCAAAAUAGUUCUAGCUCAGAAUGCUUCUCUGAAGAUGAAGAAGAGGAGGAAGAAGAAGAAGUAUCCCAAGCAGAAGAUGAUGCCUUUAAUAUUGUGGAAAAGAGCCCUCUUGGAAGAUUUGGCAGAUUUUCUGAAGAGCUUGGAUGUGGAGCUUACAAGUCUGUGUAUAGAGGAAUUGAUGAAGACUCAGGUAGGGAGAUAGCUUGGAAUGUCAUCAAAAUUAACAGACUGCCAAAGAUUGAUAGGAAAAGGAUUUCUGAGGAGAUUCAUACGCUCAAGCACUUGGAAGAACAUCCUAAUAUUAUUCACUUCAUUUCUGCUUGGAUUAACAAGGCUAAGGAAGAAGUAGUUUUCAUCACAGAAAUGGUCACAGCAGGAUCAUUGAGGCAGUACCUUAAGAAAAUCAAACGUCCAAGGUUAAAAGUUUUAAAAUAAAUGGGCAAUUCAGAUCUUGAACGGCUUAACAUUCCUCCAUGAACUCCAACCUCCAAUUAUUCACAGAGAUAUAAAAUGUGACAACAUCUUUAUCAAUAGUAAUAAAGGAGAAAUUAGGAUUGGAGAUCUUGGUUUGUCUACAUCAUUAAACCAUUCCUAUACUACUUCUGUACUUGGUACUCCAGAGUUCAUGGCUCCAGAAUUAUACGAGGAGAAAUAUGGUGUCUCAGUUGAUAUCUAUGCCUUCGGAAUGUGCUUUUUAGAAAUGUGCACUCUCAGUACUCCAUAUAAGGAGUGAGACAACCCAGCCCAGAUUUAUAAGAAGGUUAUCCAAGGUGUUAAGCCACAAGCAUUUGAUAGAAUUGAUGACCCUGAAGUAGCCGAUUUCAUAGUCAGCUGUAUUGAGUACAGAGAUGUCAGGCCAACUGCAAGAGACCUAUUAGAAUGCAAGUUUCUUAAAGACCUUGAAUCAGAUGUUAAUAAUUUUCCAGUCAAAUUGAAAACAAAGAAGGAGCUUAAAGCUAAGAAAUUACAAAAAGAAGAAGGAAAAAGAAAUAACAUGGGGCAUUCACAUCUGAACCCGAAUACCAAUGAUGGAUUUGGUUCUCCUCUCCCUCAGAGACCUAGCAAAGCUAUGAAGCAAGGAACAAUGAAGAACCAAUCUAGAAGACAACAGACUAUCCAAAAUCAGGAAGAAUCACUUAACUUGUUUAAUCAGAUUGAAAACGAGAAGCACUUAAAGUUAAAAAUUGAUGUUGACUCCGUGAAUUUAACUGAACCUCAUCUCCCACCAGAGUUGAAGAAUUCCCAAGAUGAUGCACAUUCAGUAAUCAUCCAGAGAGACCAAGAGCUAAGCGAGAACCAUCUCAACAAAUCGUCUGACAACAUUAACAGUACGAAGCAAUUCACAAGACUCCCACAUCAAUCAACUCAUUCUGGAGAAGAAGUAGAAAGAGUUAACACUAGUUUUGAAAGAAAGGAGACUUUUAAUCAAACUCAAGGGUACCCGCUUCAAGAUGAACAUUUCAUGAAGCAAGGUAGGGUUGAAAUUAUGGCAAAGAAGGACGGUUAUAAGGAACAACAGAACCAGACCACUACUAGUAACACAGCAUACUCGUUGGGAAGUCCAGAACCUCUACAUAAGUCAUCUGAAGAGAAAAAGAGACCUGUUGAAGGGAUUAUGUGAAAGCUCAGAAACGUAUCCCCUGACAGGAAGAUCCUCAAGUUUGGCAUAAUCUUUUCCCCAGAUAGAGAGAUUGGAUUUGACUAUAACCUUGAAGAAGAUACUCCUGGAAAAAUUUGUCAAGAGCUUAAGCAAGCCGAUUUCGGAAUCACAGAACAUGACUAUGACAAAAUUGAGGAAUCCAUAGCUAGUAUUGUCAAGUCCACUAUCGAGAAGAUUAAUUCUGAGAGGCUAAUGAAAAGCAGCAGCGUUAGUACAUCGGAUUUGAAAAGUUCAACUUCAGCUGAAGUCAUGAGUUCCCCAAAAGAUAGCCCUCACCAUCAUUCUAAAGGAUUCGAUAAAUCAGUUGAUAGAUCACAAAAAUGAAGGCAAGCAGAAUUAGCAGUUAAUCAUUUUAUUCAAAAGAUUGGAAGUGAGAUACAGAAAGUGUAUUCCCACAAGGAUGAAAUUGUGGAGCUUGGGCAACAAACAGACUCUGAAUCUUGGAAACUUUCAAUCCAAUUCAUCAAAGAUGUCACUGAUAGUUAUAGAAACUUCCAGACUUCAUUGUCUAAAUCAAUAAAUAAAUCGAAGAAAGGCCCCUCAUAAGCAGAUUCUGUUGAGUGGAGCUAAACGUCUGCUCAAGGAGUAUCUCCUUGAAAGUGAAGUUUCUUUGAUGCAGCAGCUUUGGCUUCUGCAAUUGAACUUAAUGAUUUAGAGAUAUUCCUUAAGUUGUACUCCGUUAACAUAAUAACUCUUCUUAAUUCAAGUC